UACAGUAAUUUAUUUAUUAUUGAUGGACGUGUAGAUUUUUCCAAUUUGUUGCUGUUAUAAAACAAUGAAUACCUUUUACCUCGUUGCACUCUGAGACCAAGAUGGGUCACCAGAAGCUAUGCUGGAGCCACCCGCGAAAAUUCGGCCAGGGUUCUUGCUCUUGUCGCGUCUGUUCAAACCGGCACGGUCUGAUCCGGAAAUAUGGCCUCAAUAUGUGCCGCCAGUGUUUUUGUCAGUAUGGGAAGGAUAUUGGUUUCAUUAAGUUGGACUAAGUGAUCUUCCUUCAAAGGAUUAUCCAAGGCAUCUACCCAAUGGAAAACCAUGAUAGUUCUUUGUACAUAAAAUAAACAUUUAAAAAAAUGA